AUGCGAUUUUUAAUUCUGAUCACUUUACUAGUCACCAUUUCUUCCGCGACUCUUCUUCUCCAUCCACGUCGUGAUGGUGUCAUCGGGCAUGACUACGCUUUUGAGCGUAAUUGCUUCUUUUCACCAGCUCAAUGUCUCCUGGGAAACUUCCCUCGUAGAUCCAAAUUGCAACCAGUGCUUCGAUUGUUCGAAGAUAGCUCUCUUGACAGCAUCUACACAAAACUGAUGACUUCUAACAGCAGAUCUUCUUUUUUUGGGUCCAAGAAAUAG